GGAAUUCAGAAAAAUAUGACAGUAUCGUCCCAGUGCUGACCAAGAUCUCACCACCCUCUCCAGAUCUCAACGAAAAGCUGCGCCUAGCCCUUUGCAAACGAUUUCUGUUAGGUCAGCGCCGAGUAGUCCCAACCUCUCCAGCUUUCCAUCGCCCGCUCUCGAUACGCAAUCACGCUCUCCCUUACCUUCUCCUUCAACGCCGGGAUCGGCCAAAAUCUCCCCUAGGCAAACCCAGCAACCACCUCGACCCUAUCAUUUCACCCUAGCAGGCACAAGCUUCCUCGAGCUUUCUCCGCCAGCGACACCGGCCACGAUUGAUUAUUGUAGCCCAAACUUCCCAACUCUUUCUCCGAAUGACUUUCAAAGUCUACCUUCCCCCAUUACCAGGACGAAGUCAGUAGGCUCCGCCACUGCUAGCCUGCCGAAAAUGGCGAGUGGUUCGUCUCUCUCGAAGGCCGAUACUGUGAGAGGCCCCCCUCGAACAUCGUCGAUUGAUUCAGCAGUUUCCGCAAUAUCGUCGCGAGCGCCUUCGCAGCAAAGCACGCAAGACGACAUCGCGACUCUUAUAAGAGCAGCUGGUUCACCGGAGGCCGUUAUCCAGUAUUUAUUAAAAGAGAAGCAAUCACAGUCCCAGCAAAAUGCUCAAUUAUGGCGUCUGGUGGAUAAGCAAAGGGCUAUGAUACUUGGCCUAAAUAAAGACCUUGAUCGUGCUUUGAAGGAUAAAGAUAAGUAUAGGAAGAAGUUAAAGGAGGUUAUUGCUAUCCACGAUGAUCGUACAAAAUCUGAUGGCGUUACGAAAACGGGGAGCCCUGCACCCGUUGAAGUAAAGAUCGUAAAAUCAGACCACAGCGAUGCGCCUCGAUCUCCUUCAAACCUUGAUUCGGACAGUACAAAGCACUCACCAGUAGAUAUGACUUUGGCUCCGUACCCCAUCACUCCUCCAGCAGAUCGUGUACCGAACCAACCCCCGUCAAAAGUUGGCGAAAUUUUGGAUCCCGCACACGCGAUGCCAAAACCUUCCGAGCAUGCCUUGGAUCACUUUGAUCACGAAGAAGAGGAACGUGCUGCUGAUGCAGCAAAGAACGCCACUAAUGCCGCUCAUGAGCUUCCUAUUCACAUUGGAUUGCCUCCCUCUAGAAGUUUACCGAGCAAACCCCCGAGCAAACCCCAGCCAAAGCCCCCGACCGUGUCUAUCAUCGAGGCAACUCCACUAAUAGAUCAAGGGAUCUCACAGUUUCCUCCCCCGUCCGCCCCUCCUCCUCGAAAGCCUCCACCUGCUCCUUUGCAGCUUAACAAAAAGAGCAACAUAACACAGGGUGCUAGCCUGGAUGUGGAAGAUGACUCUGAGUCAGAUUACGGCUCUUUGCUAGAAGUUGAUGACUUUCCUAUGACUGAGUCAAGGGGACGUAGGCGUACUAGGGAAGAUGAUGACCGCGAGAGAGAAAUCAUUGCUCAACAGGAAGCCGAGGCCCGCAGCCUCUCAAAGAAAAGCAAAAAGGGUAGUCAGAAGGGCACGCCUAUAUCCGAGGAGGUUAAAGCCACCGCUCCGGCCAGUCCUCGCACCAAGACUAGCCAAUCUUCCAUCAACCAGGAUAAUGUGCCAGCAUCUCUGGCUGGCAUGCUUAGCCCAGGUUCAUCUAAACAGACAGUACAUGGUGCGCUGAUGAGCCCGGGGCUGCCAUCGAGCCCUCGACCUACAGUAUUCUCACCACCUUUGUCACCCCGCGGCAUGCCCUCAGCAGGACUUCCGCUUUCACCUAGAGCGCCUCGACAGCCAAUACCGCUUCCGCCGAAUACGCCCAAGUUCUAUGCCACUGCUACAGAGACAACAAACCUGGCUUCUCCGAAGCCCCUCCAAGUCACGAAACAAAGGAUAACGCUUGAACAACCCGAACGUUCUGAGAUAUUCCGUGGUCUGACCACUGAUGAAUAUCCUGAUCUGCUGCUGCCUCCCAAUGCUUUACCAUCCGUCGCUGUCAAGGUAUCGUCAUCGCGGAUGAGGCCGUCCCGAGCGAGUCUACUUUCGCUCACACAGCUUGAGGAAGACCCUGUCUUUACUCUAGCUAUCAUAUCUAGAUCCGAAGGCGGAGAGCUGUGGAGGGUGGAAAAGGACACUGGUUCUCUGGUAAAGCUGGAUCAAAGAAUGAAGCAAUGCUCUUCUUUCACAGCAAAAACGCCUGAUCGCUCGCUUUUCAGUGGCCAUGCCCCUGCCAAACUUGAUGCUCGCCGUAGCAUUCUUGAUAACUACUUGGAUGAGUUGUUAAACACCCCACUUGAUUUGCAGACUGCCAUCGAGCUCUGCAAAUAUCUUUCCACCAAUUCUUUGCCACCUAACAGCGACGACAACUCGGUUGAUCGGAAUGGAGAAAUGAGCCCUCAUAAAACAGGGCCAGGUGGUAGACCCUUUAAGAAUGGGUAUCUCACAAAAAGAGGCAAGAACUUCGGUGGAUGGAAAGCUCGAUAUUUUGUUCUUGAUAGUCCUAACUUGAAGUACUAUGAGACUCCUGGUGGCGCCCAUCUUGGAACUAUCAAGCUUCUGAAUGCUCAGAUUGGUAAACAGGCCCAACAUAACAAUGAAGGUUCUCCCGCAGGAGGCCCAAACGGUGACGAGCCGGAUAAUCAAUAUCGACACGCAUUCCUAGUAUUGGAGCCGAAGAAGAAAGACGCAAGUAGCUAUGUAAAACACGUACUUUGCGCUGAAAGUGAUGAGGAGCGUGACCAAUGGGUCGACGCUCUUCUGCGUUGGAUCGAUUGCCGAGAUGGAAACGAGGACGAGACACCACACAAGCCCGCUAGUCAUGGCACACAAGCUCAUGUAACUGGUGCGAACGCCAAAAAGAAAAUGUAUGGCGCUGGAAAAUAUGCCGAACCACGUAAUGAUAUCCAAGACGCACUCAUAGGAAUGAGCUACGACACUGCUAAACAGGGUGAUAUACCCGACGGCGCACCACCACGGAGGCGAGGAACAACUAGCCCUGAAAUCCCAGAGAAGCAGGGAGCUUCUCUGUAUACGAUAUCAGCUCCUAGAGACGCUCACAUCAUAUCUGAUUCAGCUUCAUGGGGUAGUAAAACCAAUCUCCUUCAACCCAUGCCCUCGGUUGAAGAAAAGAAGCAACGAAAACGUAGUUUCUUUGGCUUUGGGCCCAAAGCUCGCUCAUCUUCUGAUGAUCAGGAUCCUCUGUAUAACUCUAGUGGCGGCAGUACACCCCAACCACAGGCUGAACCCCGCGGUCCAGUACGGCAAGCGUUCGGGGCACCAUUAGCCGAGGCUGUCAGGUAUUGCGGACCCGCGGACAUCAAUGUCCCUCUUCCAGCAGUUGUGUAUCGCUGUAUUCAGUAUCUCGAUUUGAGAGACGCAAUACUGGAGGAGGGCAUCUUCCGUCUCAGUGGCUCCAACGUCGUAAUCAAACAGUUACGUGAACGGUUCAACCAAGAGGGCGAUGUCAAUCUCCUCACAGACGAAACUUACUACGAUAUACAUGCAGUUGCUUCACUGUUGAAGCUCUAUCUGCGUGAACUGCCCACUACCAUCCUCACUCGAGACCUACAUAUGCAAUUUGUAGCAGUUACGGAGAUGACCAACCAUCAAGAGAAAUUAAAGGCAUUGUCUGAGCUUGUGCAGCGCCUCCCGCUUGCCAACGGAACACUGCUGAAAUAUCUAAUCGCCUUUCUGAUUAGGAUUAUCAAUCACGCCGACAUGAAUAAAAUGACCGUGCGCAAUGUGGGCAUAGUCUUUUCGCCUACCUUGAAUAUUCCGGCUCCUGUAUUUGCUCUCCUUUUACAGAACUAUCAAGGCAUUUUCGGCAUAGAGCCCGAGGAGUAUGAACUUCCAUCGCCUGUUUCCGAACCGGACUCUGUGCUGCCCGUCGAAUCACAGCCACGGCGUCCAUCAACCGCCGGCACCACUGAGUCACCACAUCGGCAACGACUCGUCGAACAGCUACAGCAACGAUCAACGCCCACGCCGCCACCUAAUGCAUCAGGACUUGGUUUAGGCCUCCGUACAACAGGCACGCCACCACCUAGACAGGCCUACGACUCGCAAUAUUUGUCACAACAAGGGCCAAGUGUGCAGCAAAUGACUACUCGCCCAGCCUAUGAGAACGGCUUCUCUGCUCCGUUAGGUUAUGAACCAACAACGACAAUUCCAACAUCUAAACAACCAACUUAUGAUCGGCCUCAUUAUGGCUACGGUUCCCCUUAUGAACAAGACUAUAGCUCCAGCUCGAAUGGUAUGCUUGACGCAUCUUUCAGUAAUAAGUCUAAGAGACGGGAAAGUGUGAUGAUUAUGGGAAAUGUGGUGAGCCAUCAGGGUUCCAACAGCCGGCUCAGGGACGAGAUGAGAAUGUAGCGUGGUGAACACCUACCCCAUGAUGGAUCGCUGCCAUGAUUUCAAACGACUCGCUUUUUCACAACCAUAUAUACCACCAAGUCUCAUAUUUGCUUUCCUUGGCGCGGAGAUACCAUGUUUCUUAACGAUCUUUUUUCUUCAUAUCGGGCACCCCCUCAGAAAAGGGGAGCCACUGCAUCAACGUUCUAGAUAAGUGCCUUUUAUCAUUAUGCAUUAUCGGCUUUGUUGGUGGUGGUUAUUUUUGUGAACCAUUUGUUGCAUCGUACGGCUCCGGUCCUCGCUUCGCGACUUAUAAUCUGUAACGAUAUGUGCUGGAUGGAAUAUGGGAUCUACUAUUAAUGUAGUGUGUUUUUUUUGGACGGGGGUUGCUUUUUAUUUUUCAAGUUUUUGGACGAUGAAUGAAGGGGCGCUUUGAUGGAGCAAGGAUCGAUCAAUCAGGGCCGUUGUUGGUAUUUAUAAUUCGUACCUUUUUUUUCGACGAGUGUAUAAAAACAUUUGAAAAAAAAAAACCCCCCUCACUUCUGCUGCACUUUGUGAUGUGUGAAUGACGUUGUUUCUAGAAGUUGUGGCCGGUAAAUUUGUGCCUUGCUCGAUUAACCCCUGAAAGUGCGCUUAAAUGAUGACGAGACGAGUGUAUUGUGGCGUAAAUGGACUUUGACCUGGUGAUGGGUGCUGACUACUGCGAUAAGCUAUCGCGAUGGGGGAAUUGCGG